AUACAAGACUAAUACUUAAUCAUUACCUACACAUUGCUACCACAUCACAAUGGCAUCAGCUACGCUCGAACCGAUCGCCAUCGUAGGAUACGCUUGCAAACUCCCUGGCGACGUCUCAUCUCCAGAGGAUCUUUGGGAGCUGUGCUCCAGGGGCCGUACGGGCUGGGGACCUACACCUUCAACACGCUACUCCAAAGAUGCAUAUUACCAUCCAGCACCUGGAAAACAUGGAUGCAUCAACACAGAAGGUGGCUAUUUCCUUCACGAAGACCCCGCUCGGUUUGAUGCCCCCUUCUUCAACAUGACAGUCCAAGAAGCCACCGCCCUUGAUCCGCAACAACGUCUCCUCCUUGAAUGUACGUUCGAAGCUUUUGAGAGCUCGGGUAUGACCAAGGAGGGUGUCGCUGGUAAAGACAUUGGCGUCUUCGUCGGUGGCUCUUUUGCAGACUAUGAGGUCAACAACACUAGAGAUAUCGAUACUGCUCCCACAUAUCAAGCUACUGGUUGUGCUCCGGCCAUGCAGUCCAACCGGCUGUCGUACUACUUUGAUCUUCGAGGUCCUAGUAUGACUGUUGACACAGCAUGUUCGUCAUCAUUGGUAGCACUUCACAGUGCUAUGCAGAGUCUUCGCAAUGGCGAGUCUUCAUCCGCGGUCGUUGCCGCUGCUCACCUCAAUUUGACGCCCGAUUUCUUCGUCACCAUGUCCAACACACAAUUGCUCAACGAUGCUGGUAAAACCUUUGCUUUCGAUCAUCGCGCGAUCUCUGGAUUCGCUCGCGGCGAAGGCGCAGGCUCAAUAGUCUUGAAGCCACUCAAUGCCGCCAUCCGCGAUGGUGAUGUUAUACGAGCUGUCAUCCACAACUCUGGUGUGAACCAAGACGGCAAGACGAACGGGAUCACUGUACCAAACGGACGUGCUCAAUCGGAUCUGAUCAAACAGGUUUACGCCAAGGCAGGAUUGGAUCCAGCCGAGUGCGGCUUCAGUGAGUGUCAUGGAACCGGCACUAAGGUAGGUGACCCGAUCGAAGUCGCUGGUAUUCACGAAGCGCUAGGCGCUGGUCGCAGCCCUAGAAGUCCACUUUUCAUCGGCUCCGUAAAGAGUAACGUCGGUCAUCUCGAGGGUGCCAGCGGUAUUGUCUCGGUUAUCAAAGCCGCGAUGAUGUUGGAGAAAGGCAUGCUUUUACCCAAUGCGAAUUUCGAGACGGCAAAUCCUAACAUCCCUCUCAACGAGUACAAUAUGAAGGUCCCAACAUCCACCAGACCUUGGCCACGAGGCAAGAAGUACGUCUCUGUUUCCAACUAUGGAUUCGGGGGUGCAAAUGCUCAUGUCGUCUUGGGUGCCGCGCCCAAGGGCCUCAAGACCACUAUGACCACUGUAGCCUCCCUUGAUGAAGCACCAAGAGACCCGCUGUGCAAGCUCUUCGUUCUUUCCGCCCAUGAUUCACAGGCUCUACAAAAGAAGAUCACAGAUCUCGGUAUUUUCCUUGAGCAACGGCCGGAGGUCUUUGAGAAACUACUUGCCGGCAAUGUAGCCUACACACUCGGCGAAAGACGCUCCCAUCUACCUUGUCGAAUCGCGAUUGCUGCAGUCUCAUCCGACGAACUAGGACAGAGUCUCGCAACUACGAAAGUCCCUACCUUCAGAGCUCGCAAUGAACCUACUCUUGGAUUUGUCUUCACUGGUCAAGGAGCACAAUGGGCUGCUAUGGGUGCUGAGCUCGCUCGCGACUACCCAAUCUUUGAAGCUGCCCUAGACAAAGCUGAUGAUACCUUGAGAGGACUAGGAGCAGACUUCUCAUUGAAAGAGGAGAUGAUGAAACCUGCAGAGCAAUCACUCAUCAACGCUGCCCACAUUAGUCAGCCCGCCUGCACUGCGCUACAAGUUGCUCUCACCAUGCUUCUGAGCUCCUGGGGUAUCCAUCCUGCUGCAGUCGUCGGACAUUCUUCUGGUGAAAUUGGCUGUGCCUUCGCCGCUGGCAUUAUUGGUCUCGAAGAUGCGAUGAAAAUCGCAUACUACAGGGGUCAAUGUAUGCUCAGUCUGAAGAAGAAAGCAGCUGGCCGACCUCAAGGCACGAUGAUGGCCGUUGGCACCAGUGCUGAGAACGUUCGCCAGUAUCUCGACACUGUUACUAAAGGCUAUGUCACCAUUGCUUGUAUCAACAGUCCCUCCUCGGUAACUCUUUCGGGCGAUGUCGAGGCUGUCGAAGAGCUCCAGCCAAUCUUGACUGAGAAGAGCAUCUUUAACAGACAGCUCAAGGUUGGUGUCGCUUAUCACUCCGCCCAUCUCGAGCCUGUUGCUGGAGAAUACCUCGACUUGAUCAAGAACGUCCAUCCGUCUGCUACAGCCACAGCCACCUUCUACUCAUCUCUGCUCGGACGAGUUGCUGCACCUUCAGAGCUCACACCAGACUACUGGGUGCAGAAUCUUACUUCCCCCGUCAGAUUUUCCGAUGCUCUGAGUGCAAUGGCCAAGGAGACUGGCUCCAAGGUGAUUGAUCACCUUGUCGAGCUUGGACCUCACUCGGCACUUCAAGGUCCAAUCAGAGACACCCUUGCUACCAUUGAUGCAGCAAAGGGGAAGUUGCAAUAUGUCUCUGUCCUUGCAAGAAAUCAGAAUGCCUCCGAAUGUGCUCUACGUAUGGCUGGUGUCCUCUACAUGAAAGGUCUGCCCUUGACCUUUGGCGAGAUCAACUUCCCACGCACGAAAAGUGUCAACCAAAAGCUAAUCACCGAUCUCCCGAGAUAUCCAUUCAACCACGACACCAGAUACUGGCACGAAUCUCGCCUGUCACAGAAGCAUUGCUUCAAAGAAGGCGGUCGUAACGACAUCCUAGGAACACUUGCCGACUGGUCCAAUGAUCUGGAACCCACUUGGAGAAAUAUUGUUCGCUUGGAUGAUUUGCCGUUCCUUCGUGGUCACAAGAUGCAAUCUAUGCCUGUGUUCCCAAUGGCAGGUUACAUGGGCAUGGCUCUUGAAGCUGCUACUAGACGUGCAAGUGCUCGUGGAGUUCAAUUCGAUCGUUUCGAGAUUCGUGAAUUCGUCGUGAGCAGUGCCUUGGUUCUCAACGAAGACACUGAUGUCGAGAUGACAAUCACACUCAAGCCUUACAGUGAGGGGCUCCGGGGUGCUGUAUCUGACCUGUGGGACGAGUUCAAGAUCUGCUCUUGGGAUUCCAAGCGUGGUUGGCUCCAACACUGUCACGGUCUUGUCGGUGUUCGCACUUCACCAGCUACUAACGGUGUUGAUGCCCACAAGGCCGAAAGUGCUGCCAAGGCGUUCGAACUCCGCAUGUCAGAUAUCAUCAGUGCCUCCACCGAUGCUGUCAACACCGAAGCCAUGUACGAGACUCUCACCGCUAUCGGUGCCGAAUAUGGACCUGUUUUCACUGGUCUGAAGCCUUGCCAAGCAAGUGACAGGACAGCUCACGCUCAGCUUAUCGUCCCUGAGACUAAAUCGCUCAUGCCAAAGGGCUAUGAGACUGAUCUCAUUGUCCACCCUGCAUUGCUCGACCAGAUCAUUCAGAUUGUUUGGCCCAUCUUUGGCGCUGGCCGCCAGGGACUGGACACACUUUAUAUGCCCACUUUCGUCAAGAACUUCAGCAUAUCUCGUAACUUCUCUGCUGUACCUGGUAGUCAACUCGAGGUCUUCGGCUCAGGAAUACCAAACAGAGAAGCGCCUGAGCCUACCAAGUUUGGCUUCUUCGUUGUUGAUCCUGCCAGCGCUCAUGAGCCUCUCAUGCAGUUCGACGGUCUCACUAUGACUCCCCUGCGUGAGUCGAGCACCAGCUCUGGCCCACAAGCUCGCGAGCUUUGCUACAAGAUCGACUGGCAAGUCGUGUCAGAGGAAGAGGCCGCACUGGAUAAUUCUACAUCAGACAUCUCUGAUACUCCAAUUAAGACCGAUUCUCUUGUCAGCACGCCUUUCAUGAGAGAUGAGGCUGUUUGCGUUGUCUAUAACGAGGCUGGUGAGAAAGACUUCGCAAGUGAGAUCGCCGAUUCUAUCUGGAAGACUUCUGGUACUCAAGCUGCACUCGUCGCGCUUUCCAAGGCUUCGGUCACUGAUAAGAAAGUCAUCUUUGUAUCUACAUGCAAGAAUCUUCUUGGCAACAUCGAUGCGCCGACUUUUGACUCCUUGCGUCAGAUGCUUCUCUCUGCUGGCAAAGUCCUGUGGGUUUACAAAGAGGGUCCAAACGAUGCUGACGUCGAAGGAAGCAUGGUCGUUGGUUUCACCCGAGCUAUUCGUUCGGAGACUUCUGCGGACAUCAUCACUCUGGGUCUACAGGAUGCCACUAACAAGGCCAUCGGUGACAACAUCUUUGCUGUUCUCUCCAAGACUGGUUCUGACUCUACUUCGGCUUUCAAAGACGACAAAGAGUUUAUCCUCAAGGGCGACAAUUUGAUGAUUCCGAGAGUGGUCGACGAUGACGAGUUGAACACAAGACUUCAUCAGGAGUCACAGGAUUCAGUCGUGUAUCAGCAGCCCUUCGUACAGCCGGAUCGUCGUUUGAAGAUGGUCAUUGCCACACUCGGCUCUCUUGAUUCUUUCUAUUUCGUGGAUGACGAACCUAAGCCACUUGGUGACAAUGAAGUUGAGAUUGAGGUCAAGGCUACUGGUAUGAAUUUCAAGGAUGUGGUCGUCUCCAUGGGACAACUCAAUCAACCUUACAUCGGUGUUGAGUGUGCUGGUGUCAUUGCAGCGGUCGGCAAGAAUGUCACCGAUGUCAAGAUUGGGCAAUCUGUUAUGGCGAUGACUGAAGGUGCUUAUAGCACAUACGCCCGUUGCUUGUCGACCAGCGUCGCUCCCUUGCCUGAGAGAAUGGACUUCACCGCUGCUUCGACUAUUCCUGUCGUUUUCUGUACCGCUUACUACGGCCUGUUCGAUCUUGGACGUCUCACUGAAGGCGAAAGCGUGCUCAUCCAUGCCGCUGCUGGCGGUGUUGGUCAAGCCGCAAUCAUGCUCGCACAGACACGCGGCGCUGAGAUCUUUGCUACUGUUGGAAGCAUUGACAAGAAACAACACAUAAUGACAGAAUAUGGUAUUGCUGAAGACCACAUCUUCUACAGCCGUGACACAACUUUCGGUCCUGCUAUUCGCCAAGCCACUGGAGGACAAGGUGUCGAUAUUGUGCUUAACUCUCUCGGAGGCGACUUCCUUCGUGAAAGUUGGGACUGCCUGGCUCCCUUCGGCCGCUUCAUCGAGAUCGGCAAGGCUGAUAUCACCAAGAACAGUAGACUCGAGAUGGCUCAAUUUGAGUACAACGUGUCGUUUGCUUCUGUCGACUUGACCAAGGUGGCUGCGUACCGUCCUCAGCUUAUGAAGAGGCUCUUGAACGAUGUCGAGAAGCUCAUGAGCAAUGGUAGCAUCAGACCGGUGGGUCCCGUUACAAGCUAUGGCAUCAACGAAGUCGAGGCUGCCUUCCGCAGUCUUCAAAGCGGCAAGAGCAUGGGCAAGUUGGUCAUCACUCCUCAGCCUGGCGAUCUUGUCCAAGCCAUCUCACCAAAGAAGACUGCAAGUUUGUUCAAGAAAGAUGCCUCCUACUUGAUUGUUGGAGGUACGGGAGGCCUCGGAUGCAGUAUCGCUCGAUGGAUGGCAUCUCGUGGUGCCAAGCUUAUCUGCUUGUCAUCCAGAAGAGCGAACAUCACGCCUAGACUUGAAGAGCUCAUCAGUGACCUCGCUCAGCAAGGAACAAGAAUUCUAAUCCGUGCUUGCGAUGUAGCAAACCUUCGCUCUGUAGAGACGCUGAUACAGAGCCUCCAGAAAGAAGCUUCCGUUCGUGGUGUCAUCCAAGGUGCUAUGGUACUCAAGGAUGUUCUAUACGAGCAGAUGACCACAGAUGACUUCAACGCAGUCGUAAAUCCUAAGGUUACUGGUACACUCAACCUGCACAACACUCUCGGAUCUUCCAAACUUGACUUCUUCAUCGCCCUUUCUUCCGUCGCUGGUGUUGUUGGCAACCGUGGUCAAGCUGCCUAUGCAGCCGCCAACGUGUUCCUGGACACUUUCAUGGCUCACCGCAAUGCUCAAGGUCUUCCCGGUACAUCUCUCGACUUGACUGCAGUCUCGGAUGUUGGCUACCUCGCCGACAACAGCGAAAGAGCGGCCGAUGUUCUCCGCAACCUCGGCGGCGAAACCAUUGAAGAAAGCGAGAUUCUUGGUUUGCUCACUGCUGCUGUGACUGGCAAAAUCACCGCAAGCAACAAUCACGUCAUCACUGGUCUCAAGAUUCAACCUGGCUCGGAGCCGUUCUGGUCUCACGAUGCCAAAUUCAGCAACCUGCUCGCCGCAGCUGUGUCGCAGACAUCUCAAGACGGCGGAAAUGCAAACGUGCCUCUUCCCCAAGCGUUGAAGACUGCUGGUAGUAGUGACAAGGCACUAGAAGUUUUGUACACGGCUCUUGUCACCAAGCUGGCUGCUGUCCUGAUGUUGUCGGUUGAGGAGAUGGAGCCAUCCGCCGCUGUUGCUUCCUACAGUUUGGACUCACUGGCUGCCAUCGAGGUUCGCAACUGGAUUGCGAGAGAGGCAGACGCGAACGUUCAAGUCUUGGAGUUGCUGACAAGUCCCAGUCUGAUGGAGCUUGCAAAGUUGAUUCUCAAGAAGAGCAAGCUGGUGUCUUUCGAGUGAGUCGAAGGGUGAAUGCUUCAGUGAUUUUCUCUAUGUAGUCUUUGGUUUUACUUCGGGCGUUCUUUCUGGCUGGUCGUCUUUAUAAUAGUAAUCUUCGUCAAAUUCAUCACUUUCCUUCUUCGCUCCUCUUGUUCUCUUCAUGAUACAACUAGAUCCGGAGCGCCCACUCGCCUUGCCUCGGCGUUCAGAGCUUCAAUCUCUGCUUCGACGUACGGUAUACCGGAAUUUCUUCUUUCCGCUUCCGUCAACUGUUCGAUUUCGCCGGGGAAGUAGAUUCUAUCGACACC